AUGACUUUCCCAGUCUCUCUGGAACCAUCUCGCAAACGGCAGGAGUCUGACUAUCUCGAUCCACUACGGCCUCCAUCGAAAAGGCUGAAGCACAGGCAGCCCGCUUCAGCAUAUUGGGAUAGUUUGUCGAAGAUUUGGUUAACGAGGGACGCUCUCGAAGAGUUGGAUCGACGGAAUAGGGCCUCCCACAGCGUACCAGAGUCGCUAUACUUCCGCCACCGGCCGCUCACUCGACAGUUGCAGGCGAGACUUAAGCGUUGUCACCAGACACCUGCCCCCGACCCCCUAAUCAGCUGCAAGCCCGAGAGUCUGAGCAAGAUCAAAAGACUCUCUAGACAGGGCGGACCUGACCUAUCUGACCUUAGGAAUUUUCCAGACCCUUAUACCCCUUGUUAUCAAUCAAUGAGCGCAAACAGCUCGGGACACCGGAAAAGACGUGCGGGGACUCCUCCAGAUAGCAGCAAUAGCAAUACUAAAACUACAAAGACAACGAGCACUACCGCCUAUAAUCGAAACUUUGAGCAAAAGUUGAUUGAUCACGGUAUUUACCCACCUGGAUAUAAGUAUCCCGAUGGUCAGAAACCGGCAAAGCCGGAUAACUGGCAGGAGCUCAAUGAACGGCUGGCGCAACCCCGGGCUUCACUCUCGCCGUCAAAGUUCUCGGAGCAAGACUUUGAAGAAUUUGUAGAGGCAGAUGUAAAUGCGUCUAAGGAGAAACCUAUUGUACGCUUGGCUAUCCCGAUUAUUGAAGGUCGCGUUGAUGAUAUUAAGUGUAUGGGCGGAGACUACCCAUUUGGCAACCUUGCUGCUCUAACAGAUGGAACACUGGCAAACGCAAAACCCGAUCACUUCUUUGGCGCCCGCCCUGAGCAGCUCAAUCAUGAAAUCCGUGAUGAGCUUAGCGAGUUCGUUAUUCCAUCGACCCAGAGCUCCCUUCCGAUAGCUCCGAACUUCUUUCUUGAAACUAAGGGCCCCGAUGGAUCCCUUGCUGUUGCUACUCGGCAAGCCUGUUACCAUGGCGCGCUAGGUGCUCGUGGAAUGCACAAGCUUCAGUCGUAUAAGCAAGAUGAGCCAUCUAGCGACAAUAAUGCCUAUACGAUAACGUCAAUUUACCAUGGAGGCCAACUCAAGCUCUAUACAACACACCCCACUGCUCCCCGAGAAAGCGAUGGGCGUCCUGAAUAUAUUAUGACUUCACUAAGGUCAUUUGCCAUGGCGGAUGGCCUGGAUACUUUUCGGAGCGGUGCAUCUGCAUAUCGAAAUGCACGGGAUUGGGCAAAAGAACAGAGGGAUGAGUUUAUUAAAUCUGCAAACGAGAGACACACGCAAGCUCCAUCUGAACAUCUCUCAUCUGAACGUGAACCAACUUCUGAACCAACUGUCGUCUUGGAGGACUCUGAUACAUUGGCUACAUCUGACGAAGCCGGACUUGACAAUGCUGAGUGGAGCUUUGCACAUCCAAAUGACAACGUUGAGGAUGCUUCGAACAGAUAUACAAGAGCCGAGCCAACCAAUAGUACUAGCCGCAAGUCUCCCCAAAAUUAA